UUGUGGCAAGCUAACUAUUGCUAGCUGCAAGUUCAACCGGGAUGAGAGAGGGAACAGCCAGGUUCUUUAUUUUCAGCCUCCCAGGUCAGAAGAGUCAUGCGGACAGCGGGAGUAUUAGUAGCUGAGAGUUUGGUGCUUCGUGGUCGGGUUUCGGUGGAGCAGAGACGACGCCCCGACUGCUGGAUUAGCCAGGAGCCGCCGCCAUUACCAGUCGACGCUAGCUAGCUAGCUAUUAGCACCAACGAAGGCCUUCAGGGCCUGGGGCAAUGCAUUCACUGGCUCAGGAAAUUCAGGGCUUCUCCAAAAACCUCCUGAAGAAGCAGUCCACACGCGUCACCACGGUGACGGGCAGGAAGUUGCUGGAAAAGAGGUGUGAUGGAGCAGAGGGUGAGGUGGAGCAGGUGGAGGAGCUGGAAGAGGAAGGCGGGUGUGGAUUUGUAGAAGAUACUAGCCUUGAUCUUCAAGUCGGGGUAGUCAGACCCUUUCUGCUGCUAGCCUCUCAGGAUGCAGCCCACGACAUCGACACCAUGCAGAGAUUUAAGGUGUCCCAUGUGCUAAACGUGGCCUAUGGAGUCACCAACCUGUUUCCAGAUCAGGUGGUCUAUAAGACGCUUCAGAUCCUGGACCUUCCAGAGACUGACCUCUCGUCUCAUCUGGAGGAAUGCAGCUCCUAUAUAGACCAGGCCAAAAAGCAGAUGAUCAACAACCGAAUGUUACAGCUGGGCCAAACCAUGAAGGAGAAGACGACAGGAAGUGAAAUCUUUCUUUUUUUAGGAAAACCAGAAAUAACAGGUUUCCAGAGGAACAAAGAGAAGCCAAAUGACGCUUCCAGCUGUGAUUCCUCCAAAUGUGUCGCCACGGGAAACACGACAAGCAUUUAUUAGAACGAGAUAAUUGUUUUUAAAUGACACAAAAUGUAUUUACUCACUUAACAUUUAUUGUAUCUGGCUAGGUGAGGCAGCAGGCUUUGGUUUUCUGUCACAGCCUCAGUAUACGGACGUUUUUUGUUUCUGUCUCUUUUUUUAAUAAAUCAUGACGGGUAAAUAUGUUUGUCUCUCAUGCUGAAUUUCUGGUUCACACUGUCUAAUUAUCUUCUUAUUAGCAAUGCAAAAGAAUGCCAGGGACAGACAAUUUCACCAAAAGCAACUUUUCUAAACCUAAAAUGCUAAAGAAAACAUGAGAAUUUGAAGGUAAAGAUUCUCUUUAAACAACUGAUUGUUAAAGCUUUAUUACAUAUCUUAUAUAUUAAUAUAUAUAUUAAGGCUGAAACACUUCACAGGAAACUGGAUUAUUAUGGGAA